CCCGGAGGAAGAUGGCGGCGGGCUCAGACCCGCUGGAGGAGCUGUUUCUGUCAGAGGUGGACGAAAAGGCGGUCAGCGAUCUGGUGGGAUCGCUGGAGUCGCAGCUGGCAGGCCGGGCAAUGCUGCCCGGAGAGGGGAGGCCAGGCCCAGCGGGAGGCAGCGUCCCGGGGGAGGGACGACGGCGAGCCGGCAGAAUGGCGCCAUCGCCGCUCGGCGAGAGAGCGGCGGCUCCCGCUGUGGCUCUGGCUCCGGCUCCGGCUCCGGCCCCGGCUUCGGCCCCUGGCUUCGGGCAGGAAGCAGCUGCCGUAAUUAAACAGCCUGGAGCCUCCGCCAGUGAGCUCCCGCCACCUCCCGCCACCAGCAUCCCCUCCUCGAGCACCUCAGCGGCCGGAGCCCGAGCUUCAGGUGCGGCGACCCCGGGGACCGGCCGCCUCUUACAGCCCUCCCGGCCCCCGCCACCCGCCUCCCCCAGCACCAGCAGCUUUGCGCCCUCUGAAACUACCACUGACCCUGGGGAGAGAGUCCCUCCCUUGGCCGCCCUAACAAUAGGCGAGUAUCCGGGGUCGAGCCACCUACCCGCACCCCAGAAGGCUCCCGGAUCCCCACCUCAGGCUGUCAAUGGGGUGGUCGCACAUUGCAGCUCCCCUGCUGUGACAGCUGCUUUGCACUUCUCCACUGCGACUGCCUCUGGGACCUGUAACCAUCUCCCCACUUCUGGGGCCGCCAGCACUUUUGGCUCCAAUGCCAGCAGCAUCAACACACCUUGCAAUUCCUCUCAAAACGGUUCUCUUAAUCCUCAGUUCGUUUCUGUGUCUCAAGACAGCAUCCUGAUGGGUAGUAGUAGUACCCCAACUAUUACAUUGACAAGACCACCAAUGCAUACUGUGAUUGCCAGCAAUGUUUUGGGCGCUGCGCUGUCACAGAAUGGAAUUGCUCCCUUCAACAAUGUGAAUCCACCAGGAUUGGUACAAUUUGGAGAAAAGACAGGUGUCCAUCGAGGUGCAAUAAUAGCACAAUUGGCUAAUCAAAUUGCUGCUGUCAGCAAUCCAAUUUGCAGUCACACAGCCACCAAUACAGACUCUAUGUCACAGACGAAGCUUGUUCUGCAUACUCAACAUCAGCCUGUUUCUCUUAGUUUAUUAAAUAACACAGCUGCUCCUAUCACAGUGACCAACACUCUGAGUAAUCAGUUGCAAUACACAGUUACCAGCUCUCUCCCUGUAGCCAGUGCCCCGGUCAGUGUCAAUGCAGUGGCAAAAUCUGCAGUCAAUAUGAUCUCUCAACCUCAUGUCGGAAUCACUAAAGUCAUCUCGUCUGCCCCUGGCAUCAUCCAAGUAUCAGCCGCUCAGCCACAGCUUCCUCGUACUGGGUUAGGGGCACCCCAACGCAUUGUAACCCCUCAGCUUAUCAUUCGCUCCCAGCAACAACCAACAGUGCAGCUUGCUUCUGGUUUCACUAUCCCACCAGGAAUGAUUUUGGUCCGGACAGAGAGCGGCCAACUUGUCAUGGUUCCUCAGCAAGCAUUGGCUCAGGCUCAAGCCCAGGCACAGUGCCCAGGAAGCAUCUCUCCCAGGCCUUCUGCUCCAACCAGUGUUGCCACAUUUCGCCUAACGUCUAGUCAGCCAGCCAUGACCAUCUCCUCAAUCAGGCCAGGACAUCCACUGCAAGCCAAAGUAGUUCAACCUGCAGCCACGCCAGUUAAUGCAAUGUCAGUUGCUGCUUCACAACCCAUCCCAACAGCAGCUCCCACUCUGGUUUCUGGAUGUACCAGCACUCCACAGGCUGCAUGCACAACAAUCUUCUCUGGAGUGACCAGCCAUCACAUUAUCACAUCUCAAACCCAGGCUCAGUCCCAGGCCUCUGCUUCAUCUCAGUCCCAAUCUGCAACCAAAACUCAACUGCAAGUCCAUCCUCAAGUCACACCCAGUUCCCCACUACCUGGAACACCCACAGUUACACAGGUAUCUGUGGCAUCCCGUUCUGCACCCCUGGGAAGAGCUGGACAGGAAAUGCAGGAAAAUGUGAAGAAAUGCAAGAACUUCCUCGCAACCUUGAUUAAACUAGCAUCGCACAGUGGACAGUCUGCAGACACCUCCCGGAAUGUGAAGAGCCUUGUUCAAGACUUGUUGGACUAUAAGAUUGAGCCAGAAGAAUUCACUGAUAGACUUCAGUCAGAACUUAACUCGUCUCCACAGCCAUACCUGGUGCCUUUUCUUAAGAAAAGUUUACCAGCCUUGAGGCAGUCCCUGGUCCAUAAUCAGCAGUACAUCCUGCAAGUAAAUCAGCAGACACAAGGAGUGGCCUCCAUACAGACCACAUCUACUGUGCCAUCGACAGGAGCUGUCACCACGGUUGUGGCUGGAUCAUCUGUACAAAUUAGACAGCCCAUCACUGAUAACACAGUCCCAGGAACAAAUGCAGUGACACAGGCACACAUCAGUUUGGCUCAGCAAGGGCGCAGCACACAUCUGAUUAUACAGCCCCCAGUACAGACAGUGAAAAGGCAGUCUGGUCCAGGAGGUCAAGUGAGAUUGCCGUCGGUUGUUACCCCAUCUACCAGACCAGCUGGGAAGACAUCGCUACUGCAAGGAAGCAAAGGUCUUUCAGGACCCUUGCUCCAGGUCACUGCCAAUCAGAAAAACAAGUCCAGUGACCCUGGAGGUGGCUCUUUCAGAGACGAUGAUGACAUUAAUGAUGUCACCUCAAUGGCUGGAGUUAAUCUGAGUGAGGAAAGUGCCAACAUUCUUGCAACUAACUCCUAUUUAGUUGGAACACAGAUUCGCUCAUUUAAAGAUGAAGCUUUUCUGGCUAGUGGUCCUCUGCACAGACGCAUCCUAGAAACAGCUAAAAGGUUUGGAAUCACGGACGUUCCCAUUGACAUAGUAAACACGAUUUCAAUCGCGACGCAAGAACGGUUAAAAAUGAUCAUCGGAAAACUGACAUCAAUAGCACAGCACAGAAUGGAAACGCACAAGGACCAUGAAUGGUACGAACAAGCAACAGAUGUUCGGACGCAACUGAAGUUCUUUGAACAUCUGGAGCGACUUGAAAAACAACGGAAGGAUGAUCAAGAGAGAGAAAUUCUAUUAAAAGCAGCAAAGAGUCGCUCCAGGCAAGAAGACCCUGAGCAUGCAAGACUAAAACAGAAAGCAAAGGAGAUGCAGCAGCAGGAGCUGGCACAGAUGAGACAACGAGAUGCAAACCUAACAGCACUUGCUGCUAUUGGCCCACGCAAGAAACGCAAACUGGAUUCUCCAGGACCGCAAGCGAUUGAGGUGGGAAUGGCAGCUGGCGAGGUAACCAGACAGGGUGCAGGUCCCACAACAGGCCCCCAGGCAGGAUCCAGACCAGCUUUGUCUCGCCAAUACACACGACAGAGGGUAACCCGCGUAAACCUCAGGGACUUCAUCUUCUACAUGGAACAGGAGCAAGACACCAGGCACUCACUAGUGCUGUACCGAGCACUGCUGAAGUAGACAGUGAGGGGCAAGGAUACAGUCCCUCUGCCCUACAUGAGCAGGCCACCAGCAUUCAGUGACUGCCGCCUUGUGCCUUUUCCUAAAACUAAAGUCAUUUAGUAUCCACUCGUGUUUACUGCUCUGACCUCAUCUUGUGAUAACUUUUAGAUACCUCUAGCUGAAUGUUUGCAUCCAGUAUUUAAUUUCUUUGCAACUCCCAACAUAGUUCUUUGUCCAUUUCUCUGAAGAGAUUUAAAACAAAAACUGUGAAUUCUAGUAAAUCCAUAAUAAGCACAGCAAAUGCUGCAACUCACACAGUGUAAGCUGUCAGUACCUGAGACAGGAAUACUCUUCUGAGUUUGUGUCAGAAAAGUGAAAGGAACCCUGACCAAACUGCUAACUGACCUCGUCCUCUCCAGUUGCUCACAGACUGUGCAUGUUGUAGUGGUCUUUGUAUUUUUAUUUUGUCUCUUUCUACCUCCCCACCAACUGUCUGUGUGCCCAUGUUUUUAAUGGGAAAAGGGGGGGCUGCAAUUACACAACUGUCUGUGUGCCCAUGUUUUUAAUGGGAAAAGGGGGGGCUGCAAUUACACAACUGUCUGUGUGCCCAUGUUUUUAAUGGGAAAAGGGGGGGCUGCAAUUACACAACUGUCUGUGUGCCCAUGUUUUUAAUGGGAAAAGGGGGGGCUGCAAUUACACAACUGUCUGUGUGCCCAUGUUUUUAAUGGGAAAAGGGGGGGCUGCAAUUACACAGCUGUCUAUUGUAGUGUCUUGUUUCACUACUUCAGUUUGUCUGUUCCUAAGGUACUAUAUUGUUGUAACCUAUUUCAGGAGUUAGUCCAAAUAACUGCUCCUGUAUUCAAAAGCCUUUAGCAGUGUUGAAAACUAUAUGUUAUAAGGGAAUUUUUUUUUCAUUUUAUAACUUUAUUUAAAUUUUCUUUGCAAAAGUAAAAUUAAAUGGUUACACACAGGGACCUGGUGAAUUUGCUUGAGAUAUUUUAGCUGUGGGAGCAUGUUGUCCAGCAGGACCUCCUUAUAGAGAGAUUAAAGUGGGAAUUGCAGGUCUCAUCAGUGUUUGCUUUGUUUGUACCAACCAGUGUGUGGGACCAUUUAGUUUAAACUCAUUGUAAACGUUUUCCUAAAUUUAAACUGGAGGUGGGUGUGUAUUUACCACAAUUACAGAGUACACUAGUGAUCCCAGUUGCCUCUCUCUCUCUGUCAAAAAUGUUGCUGUCACAUUGACAGCUGAUGCAGUUGAGUUAAAUGGUGGUGCCAGUGAGUGAUUGAGUAAAGUCAUUGCUAACAUACAACAAUGGUUUGCAGACGGCUUUAGUGAAGUGUCACUUUUCAAGUGGAUCAACAAUCAUGGAUAAAGACAACCCGCCCGCAGUUGUACCAUAUGGAAAUGCUGUGUGUAAAGAUGUUGUAAUGAUAUUGUAUCUUUUAGAACCAUGUUGAUUCUAAUUUUAAUAUGUCAGCAAUAAGUUCUGCACUAAUGUUGCCUAAUAUGCAAGUUUUAUUCCCACUGAGAUGUCUAAGUUCUCCAAAUAUCCUUUUCACCCCAGAACUGAAGGGUGGCUACACCCACACAUGCACACGUAUACACACACACAGUCACACUCAGACACACACACAUACACAUACACAUGCAUUCUCUCACACACACACACACACACACACACACACACAAUCUCACAUACACACACACUCAUGCUCACACACAUACACACACGCGCAUACACAGUCACAAACGCACAUGCUCACACACACAUAUAAACACAUGCACACACAGUCACAAACACACAUACACACACACUCUCUCACACAUACACAGACACACACACACACACACAGUCACAAACGCACAUGCACACACACACAUAUAAACACAUGCACACACACAGUCACAAACACGCUCACACACACACACACACACACACACACACACACGCUCACACACACACGGAUCUGGGUGUUUGCCUCUGUGCUGGCUUCAGCAUGGCUCCAUGCACACUGAGGUGAAGACAGUGAGCUCAAUCUAUGUCCACAUCAAUGACGUCUCCAUCUGUGCACAAUCAUUUUCUCUUGUCUUGCCCAUUGUCUGCACCAAAACUCAUUACAAACUGUGCCAUUCUCAAGACGAAAAGGCAAUUGACUCUUCUUCCACAUUGGCCAUUAUAAACUGUGAUACAGUUAGUCCUGCUUGAGAUGAAUUGUGCUGUGACGUGUUAUUGCCAAGUUGCCCUAUGUUAAUGCAGUAAAAGAUGCUUAACAGAAACCCAGCCCGAUUAGUCCCUGGAAAUAUCCCAUGGAAUAUUUCUGCUGACUGUGGGGAUCUGCAGAUCCCAAUUUGAAAACUAUCGAAAAGCUACUGCACAGAAAGAAGUCAUACAGCUCAUCCUGUCCUGUACCAUUACAAUCCAGAACUAGAACCUCCAGGUUUCAGUCUCAGUGUGCACAGAGUUACCCCUUCACAGCUACAUUGCCAUUCAAGCUGUUACAGUUAAGUUAGCUCUCUCCGCAUUUGUUUUGGGCUGGUGAUGAUUAUUUACUGAGCCAUGGGCAGAUCGCAUGUGCAGGCCUGGCAUAGUUUGGAAUUCUACGUGACUGAUGCCCGUCCAUGGGGAGCUCUGAGCUUCCUCCUGCAGUCUUUCGACAGAAUUUGCUGUUCCUGCUCAAAUGUUCGGAGAUCUAACUGUUGGCUCUUAGAGGUCAUAUAUCUGGGAAUGUGAUAAUGGAAAAUCUGCCCUCAAGUCUUCAGAAAGAAAAUUAGCAAUAGAUAAAGGCAAUAGAUUGCUCUUACUUCAGCCCAGACUCACCAAAACCCCUAUCUUAAUUCUUCAUGAGUAUUCACUCAGCAGUUGACCCAAAAUUAAUUCAAACUCCCCUCGUCAAAACUAAUUAAGAAUUCCCCCUUGCUAUCUUCUUUAUCUUCCACUAUUGAUUAAUUUUCUUUCCUGGUAAUCUUUCAUUAUUAUGCUUUCCUGUCCUUUACCUGGUAUCAAUGCCCUCUUCUCCCUGUAAUAGGUUUCUUUUUCCCAAAUAUUCAUAUAUUUUUAACAGUAUUAAUUUGCACUUCUGCAGUAUUAAUUUGCACUUCUGCAGUAUUAAUUCUGUUUCCCGUUAAUAAAUCCUCCUUUCUCAGUAUCGGUUUACCUAGCAUUCAUUUCAGUUUGCUCUUUUCCCAGUAUUAAACUUUAAUUACCAGCAUUAAUUUCUUCUCCCUUCCCCAGUAUUACCAUUUUCACAGCUGAUGAGCACAGUGAAUAGGAAUAUUGAAGAAUUCAGACCAGUGCUUUCACGUAAAGGAGAAGAAUGUUGAACUUUUGUCAGAUUUGCAGGCAUAGGCUCUGUACCUGAACUACAAGCAGUGUGUAACAUGGUACUAUACUGUAUACUCACAGUGUAUGCAUGUGUCUCUGUAAACAUUUUACUGGAACUGGAGAAUGAAAGAGAGGGCAUGGUCUUCCAAUCAAUGAUGUUCCCUUCUGUGUUGUUGCCCUGAAAUCUGUUUGGAGCGCACGAUAACCUGUGUCAGGCUAUUUUAAUUUAUCUCAACCAUUCCCCCACCUGUGGUUGUAUAACUGCACUCUAGCACUCUGAUCCAUUAUAUUGUGUGAAGCAUUGGGAAGGGUGGAUGGAGAAAAAAAGCACAAAUGUAACAAUUUACCAGUCAGUUUGAAAUAGUUUUAAUAAUUUUUUACAGUUCUCAAAGAACAAGCAGGUAUAUUUGCACUUCAUCUGCAUUCUAGCCAAAAUAUUAUUUAAGAUGUUAACUCAAAUGAGCAAGCACAACAAUCAUGUAGGAAACAGAAGAGCUGGUUUUAAACAGUCAACAAUUUGUACAUAGUGUUUACAAAGUCUUUUGUGUUAAUUAGAAUUCCGUUAUUUUUGGUAUUGGACCGUGUACAUAUGAUUACACUGUGCCGUCCAUGUGCAAAAACAUACUUGCAAACUUUGUACUUAUUUUGUAAAGAAAUAAA